GUUCUCUCAAGACUCUGUGGUAAAUGGCAUCAGUCGGUGUCAGUCUCUCCUGUCAGCUCGUCCCAGCUGGAGCUGGGCUUUACAAACACGCACCACAAAGCACCGCCGGCCUGCUAGCAUCCAUCGUGAUAAGGAUGACCCUGCCAGCAAGAGACCAAGGCUGCAAGCACAGAGGAAGUUCGCCCAGUCCCCACCCAGCUCUCCAGGACCACCAGUGUUGAUGACAUCAGCACUAAGUAACCACAACAACAGUCUAGCUGUAGUCACCUGUCUGACCAGACGUCGACCUAAGACUGAAGACUUCCUGUCUUUUCUCUGCUUAAGAGGUUCAGCAGCGUUGCCUAGCAACGUGGCCUUCUUAGCGAGGGGACGAGCAAAAGAGAAGGCCACUGAGCAUCUUACUUCCUGUCAUACCACCAAUCACAGGACUGUAGCUGAGGAGCAGCAAGACUGUAGGUCUCUAAAAGGGAGUGGAGGCUCUGCAGCAGUCAGCUCUUUUUGUCCUCUAACUGCCCGGGCACAAAGGAGGAGGGAGAGAGAGAGGAAGGAGGAAGAACAACAGAGAAGGAGGAGAGAGGGGCUGGAGGAAGACAGGAGAGAGCAACCUGAGAGACACCUCCUAAGACCUCGCCAGCUCUCCCUACAGGUCAGGAAGACUAACAAGGUUACCAUGGUUACUGGAUUCUCUGAACAAAGAACCUCCUAUGUCAAGUCACUCCCUCAUUUAAAGCCAAGCACAGUGGUUGGUGGUAGAAGACGAUCCCCCAGGCCCUCCACAAGACAUAGCAGAACCUGUAAACCAAGAGGCCAUCCUCACAGCAGAUCCCUGCAUAGCAACCAAGAUCUGCCUCACAAUCAGCACCAUCCUCUUGCCCACCGAACAGUCUCUAACUACUAUAGAAACCCCAAGACCUCAAGUAAUAUCAAGAACUCAGGAAGACAUUCAUACAGGACUACAGCAAAAACAUCAGUGACUAAUAGUUUGGUCAUCAGACAGCUAAGUGAGAACCCUAGGGUCCUGAGAUUGUCCAGGAGGAGGAGGGGCCUUCCACCAGACACCAGCCCUACCCCUCUGAAUUUGGCAUCUUUGGACAGUAACUCAUCAAAAAAGUGCAGAACAUUGCAAUGCAGCGAUCAUGAUGUCCCAUUGGAGAGUGGCUGCCAUAUUGGUGAGAUCCUACAGAGGGAGGCUGACUGUGAUGGAGAUGUUAGUACAGAGUAUUUGAGACAUAUGGAUGAAAUCACUGGCAACCAUGACCAAGAACUUGGAAAAGACACAUAUGGCCAUGUUGGAGAGAUGACCCUAGAGGGUUGUAUUAGUGGAGGCCUACGGGAUGAGGUAAAUGUUGGGAAGUUAAGAUUGCCGAGUACCACUGGUCUGGAGUCCUCUCAAGAAAGGGUUAACUUUACCAGUGUCAUCACAAACUAUGACCUCAGCCCUGUCAGUGAGCUCAUAUGUAGACAUGUGAGAGAAAAAAGGCUUCGCAGGAACCAGUCUGUCUCAUCCACAAUCCCUAUGCUAAUUACCAGGACUACAGAUUCAAGGACUUUAGCCAGAGCUGCUACUGCCAGGACUACCGUAACUAAAGAUGCUAUCAACUCAACGACAUCUAACCACAUACACACUGAGUCAUUAACCAGUCAUUCUGUCAAGGACACAGCUAAAGACACUCACAAGGCUACUGUCAAAGACAUAGACAAGUGUAGUUCACCAGCCCAUAGUUGCUCUAUCCACAGUUCCAACAGUGCGGCAAAAAACUCUUCCAAAGGCACCACAGAGGACUCACCUGAGGACAGUGCACCUGUCAGUAAAUAUUGUAGGACUUCCAAGGGCUCUGCAAAGGGCCUCACCCAGACAAAGACUACCUCAUCCAUUAAGACCAGGACCAGCCCAAGAAUCCCUCCAAAACACUAAUGUUAACCUUUGCAAAUUCACUAUUUAUUAUACUAAGAAACAAUGUUUAGGACAAUUAGUAAAAUAAGUGAAACACCAUUCAAUACUGUUGAUCAUAAUGCAUAAUGAUGGCUAAUGUCUGGUUGGAUUGUGGUGUGGUGACUAUGAUACUGUUAUCUACAUUUGUCCAUGAUUGUGUGAUCAUUUUAAUUAUAUGUAACUAAAAGAGACAGUUGCAGGACACAGCAUAAUGUCAGACACGUGUGGUGGACUGUGUAGUGAAAAGUUACUUACUUCAGAUGCCUCCCUGCUGUACCUGAAAUACGGCUUGAUAUUCUUGUAUUAUUAGGUUCACAUGGGAAGGGCAGAGCAACUUGCUGAGCUCUUAGCCUUUUGUCAAUCAGGAUACAAUACAGUCCUUAGAAUCAACCUAUUUACUGCCAUUUAAUUAAAACAGGAAUACUUUGUUCAAAGUUGUCUCAAUUUAUUACCCAAGUCCAAAAAAUGUCUCGUCUAAAUCCUUUUCAAAAUUCAAGGAGACAUUCACAUUUUUCAUGUCUGUCCUAAAAAAAAUAGAGAGUAUGAAUUGAAUGACUCUUCUUUUACUUGCUGUAAUUGUUCCUCCUCCACAUGCUUUGAAUUAAAAGAUUCUUUUCUAAGUCAAUUUCAUGUCAAUGAUGGGGAAAAAAAUCCAGUUCUGUCCAAGAGCAAGAACUAAACUAUUGGUCUGUUCAAUGACCAAAAUUGUUUUCAAACAGGUUACAUGAGAAGUAUACAAUAACAAAACUUCUUGUGUAUUUCCUGCAUUAAUUUCCCCUUUCCCCUCGACAAUCUAUCCCUAUACUGUACCAUUAACCAGUUUGGUAAUGCUUUAUACUAAGGUCCUUAGAUUUAAUAAGUUAAAAGCCAUUAAAGGUCCUUUUUAAGAUGCACAUCAACAAGUAUGUUAAUAAGGCUAUACAAGUAGCAAUAACUGAAUCAUGAACACAUUUAUUUUUAUAAGCACUUAAAGACAUAGAGACUUAUCAUUUUAUGGACUGCCGUUAUAAUUGCAUAACAAACACAUGCAUUAAGAACUACUAACCUGCCUACCUAUUCUGUCACUGUUAAACCAUCUCUAAGCUUGUUUCUUGUUUUAUUGUUUAAAGUAAAAAAUGACUUUCUUAUUCAUCUAUUAGUCCAUAACUAUGCACUUAUUCUGCUUUUCACAGCUCCCCAUCUGGCACGAGCACUAAAUGUGUGUAAAAAUUACAUAGAAAUACGACAUUUUAGUUGUGAAGCACAAAACUUUAUUUUUUAUUCACAUUUGAUCAGCAUUGGCCACAUGCAGUGCUCAUUAUACAUUUAAUAAAUAAACACGGCAUUGUUCUUGUUUUAGGUUUGAUAGUGCAAAAAACAUAAUUCACUGUUAAGUGUAUAUGAAUUAUUUGAAUAGACCUCUCAGUCUACUAACUGCUACUAACUGCUCAACAACACUAUAACACUUAAUAUCUUCCUCAAGGAUACAUGGAUAUGCAGCUGGGGGAGCAAAUAAAACCAGCGGCCUUCUGAUUAUUCACUGAACUGCUAAAGGGUCAAUCCAUGCCAUCUCAUCCAAAAUUAAGAACUUUUUCCAGUUCAAGUCAUGGAUUUUCUGGAAUAAAGUUGUGAUGAAACUUCCAUUCCAUGAGACAUUCCCAAAUCCUAUAGCUGUACCCCAAAUAUGUUUUAAGUUAUUUAAGCUUGGCCCUCUGAGCUAAAUUUUACUGGAUUGAGUUGAAAUUUGUCCUAAACAUCUAAGAUACCUUAAGGAAACUUGGCAACAUUCAUUAAUUUAAGUAGUUGCUGCUGAAUGGUUACAGUAAUCAAAAUACUAACAGGAAGUCACAUAAAUAAGUUAUUCGGUCCUGACUAAAAACUAAGCGAGAUCUUGGAGGUUACAGUAUACAAGCAAUGCUGCAUCAUGUUUUAGGGUUGUCCAUCUAUUUGCUCGUUCAUUUGUCUGUCCAUCCCAUUAUCGUGAACGCGAUAUCUCAAGAACGCAUUGAGGGAAUUUCUUCACAUUUGAAACAAGUGCCCCCUCAUACUUAAGGAUGAAGUGGUUAGAUCUUGGCAGUCAAAGGUCAAAGUCACUUUGACCUCAUGGUGUCCCAUUUUUGUGAACCUGAUAUCUCAGAGAUGCCUUGAGGGAAUAUCUUCAAAUUUGGAAGAAAUGUCAAAUGAGCUGGACUCAAGGAUGAACUGCUGACUUACAUUUUUACAACUGAAAUGACAUUUUUGUUAUUAGAGAGAGAAAAUGAACCACUGGUACUGGUUGGGAAUUCCAGGCACUAUUACCAGUAUUAGUAUGUGUUCAAAUGUGAACUGUACCCAACUCUAACAGUAAGACUUAAUAAAUGACUUUGCAGUGUGCUUUUAAAUGGCAUCUAAUCUAACAAUAACAUGCUCAUAAUGCUUUUAUUAAUACUUGAUACUUGAAUAGUCUUAGUAACAUAUAAUAAUGUUAAAAGACAAAGGAUUGUAAGGCCCUAAUAAGACAACAACAACAACAACAGAAUUGUAGUGUGGAUGGGACUGCAUAUUGACAUGUGACAUGCUUGGACUCCAUAUGGAUUACUUGAUUUACAUUUGUAGAAAUAGAAGAAUGUGGUUUUUGAGGUUGGUGGUUGACACAAAAAAAGAAAAACACCAAUAUAUGCUGGUAAUGUGGUUUGACCUUCACUGUUAACAUGAUCAUCAUAGUGUAUGAUAAAUUACUGUAAUUUGUGUCUUUCCUCACUCUAAUAUUGAUAGAUUUUGGAGAGACUGAAUAGAAGAUGGGUAAAAUAUCAUGACUGUAUUAAAUAAAAUGACUCAAUACAAUUAUUAAUACCGCACAUUUUCUCGAAGCAAAGCCCCUACAUGUUAGACAAGAAAAUGUCUCUGGGAGGUCUGAAAAAAGGAGGACAACUUGGAAAGGGAAAUUGAUAUUAUUUCAAACAAACUAUUUGUCAUUUGCGGAAAUCACAUGGUACUUCUACACACAGGGGCUCUAGAUAAGUAGUUGCAUUAACAAUACUCUGCCAAUUAUUCAGUCUAUUCAAGAUAUGUUAUCACUGCAAAUCACAGGUCACUGCCAGCAUUUAUGGCCAACACAAGUUAAACAACCUUCAGUAAUAAAUAACUUACAGCAGUUAUUUAUAACCAAUCCAUCCACUGUCUGUAACUGUUUUAUCCCUUUUAUUUAUGGGUUUGUGGGGUUUUUUGCUUCAGCCAAUCCCAGCUGUCUCUGGUCGAGGGCAGAGUACACCAUGGACAAGUCGCCAGCUCAUCGCAGGGAUAUCUAACCAUAACCAUAACCUAUGUUUCUACUAAUUAUAAGUAGUAAGAUGCACUAAUUAAUGUCACACUUUUCUCAGUUCUGGAACUAUAUAUGCUUAUAUUAAUCUGCUAUGGAAAAUAACCUUGGUCAUAAUUCAAAUUAAUUGUCCAUUUAGAAAAUUACAAGAGGUUUAUUUAAACUGUAUUAAUGGCCUACUCUCCUGGGAAUAAUCAGGCCUCAAUUAAUCUCGAAAAUAAAAAGUCAACUGAAAAAGCAAAUUAAAGUAAUAAGUAAGUAAAGUAAGCAAAAUAAUCAUAAACUUUAUGCUAACAUUUAAAAGCCCAAAUAAGUACAAAUAGAAUCAUCAAAUAUGAAAACUCAAAACUGGAAAAAGAAAAGCUUAAGUGGAAAAAUCUAAAUUUAAAUGGAAAUGGAAAUAAAUAUAUUAAUUUGCUUAAAUUUUUGUAUUUUUGACAGUGACAUUUGAAAUUUUGAAUGUGAUAUUUUAAUGUGAUCUUGUCCAUUUAGAAUAAUGGUUUUGCCUUCUGCAGCUGACAUUUUGAUUUUCAAGUUGUGUGAUCUUUAGGAGACAUUACCCAAGGCCUGGAGGCGCAGAGGCCCCUUAUAGACAGCAGGGGGAGCUAACUGUAAAGAACCAAGUGUUUGACACAAAGUGUUUGAACAAACACCGUUUUUUGAACCAAGCAGCCCCAGCGUGAAGCUACACCAGUUUGUAAUUCACAAGCCAGUGCUGUUGAUGAGGUGGUACACAUCAUGAUGAUGUCUGUGUGUUUUUUCAAACGUGUUUCCCCGGUUGUCCUCAUGUUAAUGUAAACAUGUACGCAAUGACUGUUUAUAAUCAUAUGGAUGCUGUUAUAAUGUGUUGUGAUUGAGAUCCUGACCUGUCCUGCACCCUAGAAAGUGACAAAGUUACGUUUUUCACUCAAAAUUACAUAAUUACAUAAUCACCAUCAGUAAACAGUACUAUGUUUGACCCUCUCACUUGUGGGGAGGGAUGCUCUUUUCUGGGGGAAAGUUCACUAAAGUCUCAGUAAGCCUUAGCUACUAGUUAGUACUGAUCAACAAUCAAGUGAUAAAUCAAUCUAUCUGUAUUUCUAUAGCGCCAAUCACAGCAGAAUUAGUCUCAUGACACUUUUGAAAUUGAGCAGGUCUAGACCUUACUCCUUGAUUAAUUUAAAAUUAAGUUUUAGGAAACAGAACAUGCUUUCUGCUCCUUGAAUGUGUGUAACAAUCAGUGCAGGCUCUGAGUAAUUUGGUGCCCUAGGCAAGAUCUUAGCCGGCGCCCCCUUGCAUCGCAGUCACUUUCACAAUCAAUUUUCAUACACUCACACAGAAACUGCAUGUAUGUAUUCAAGAUUUUGUUUCUUUUUGGUCAAAAAUGUCACACUAAAUAAAAACUGAAGAAAGAAACAAUUGAUGAAAAUACAAUAUAAAUAAGGCAUUCUGCAAACAUAUUAUCUCAGUCUCAGCCUCCACAAGUGCCAUCUCUCGCUUAUCUGUUGUCAGCCGCUUUGCAGACCAACCUCCAACUCCUUCCAUGUUGCCAUGUGGGUAUUGUGCCCCUGGCUAUCCUCAUGAACCUUCAGCAAGUGGCUUGCAUUUUUCUAGUCCUUUAGUCCUUCCUUAUUAAGUUUGUAUUCUUUUGGAGACAACAAUUUAGCAGCAGAAGCAGUGCAAGCUAUAUUUCUGUUUGAGUACAUCAGCCAGCUUCUUUUGAUUUUUUCCCCAUUGAUUAAGACUGUGUCACAAAAGUCAUGUUGACACUCUCCCAUCUUUGUUGUUGGGAAAUGUGUGACUGCUUUUUUUAUUUGAAAUGGUCCUCUGUGAACUAACUCUCAUCUUACUUUUGUCAGUUAGAAGAGAUGACCAGUCAG